GCCAAACUCUCCUCUCGACAAAAAUGAUCGACAACUUCUCAUCAAUUGCACAAACUUAAACAUGGCGACAAUGUGAUGAGUCAACAAACCAUGGUUAGACUACAUAUUUGAAGCUCUGAUUUACUUGGAUGCGCAUCAAGAUUAAACCAAAGAGAAGUUGUGUUGUUGUCUGUGUUGCAUCCAUCUUGGCACCGGAGAUGUGACUCAGGCCGAUCGAGUCGAGUGGAGAUUCGGAAAGCGGCAACCGACCCUUGAACAUGAGCUCAAGGGGGAGGUUCUCGGUACUUUUCUAUCGAACCUCCUGCAUAUUGAUUAUUUAAUGGCGAUAUCCUCAAUCCUGAAUUGCCUGCCAUUGAAUUCAGGUUCACUACUCUGCUACGUCCAAUUGUUACUUUUGCUUCAUCCAUUUCUUCACUUGAAUCUUUUUUACUCUUUGCUGGACAUUCCGUGUAUUUGAGUGCAAUUCGAGCAGAAAAGGAAAAAUGACGUCUCAAGGAGAAUCAGCAACCACGAUCUUGUGCUCGUGUAAACAAACAAGAUUUCAUAUCGAGAAUCCAGUUUACCAAGAGGUAGUUACACCAUUCCCUCCCUCGCGACGCAUUACUCCAACAUCAUUUCAUUAUGAAAAUAAUUCUGAUAAAUAAAUAUCACAGCUUGAUAUUGAAGGAUUAAACAUCACGGUUACUCCAUCGCUUAAAUCUGCUGUGAAACCAAAAGGAAAAUCUAAAGCAGAAGGUCUUGAGAUUUUAUCCAAUGCAAGUUUAAAACUUAAGGCUGGAAUAUGUUAUGCGCUGAUUGGAAGAAAUGGCACGGGAAAAUCGAGUAUGUCCCCUCCAUCCUACAUCAAGUCAAAAAGUGAGAACUAACGAUAUAAAGCGUUGUUGAAGGCCAUUGCGGAGAAACUAAUUCCAGGAAUUCCUGUACAGACCAGAAUUUCCAUCUUGCAACAAACAGAUGCAGAUUCAAAGGAGAGCGAUGAAGAGAGUAGUAGUGGAAAUGCUGUAUCUGACGAGAAAAGGGGAAGUAAAAUGUCAGUUUUGGAAGAAGUUAUUGACCGGGCUACUUCAAGAAGUGAAAUUCAACAUGAAGUUGAUAGUAUGUCUUAGCACUUCAAUUGUUGAUUGAUCAUUAUUGACAAAGACCACAGUAUUGUCCAAAGCUGUAGAUAACCAAGAAGAUGCAUUGACACCUAUCCGAGCUUUGCGGCAAGUACAGCAUGAAAGGUUGAAGAGAGAGUUAUUCGACAAAGACAAGGAUGCUAGGCUCAGGAGUGGAACACGUGGUAUGGCAGCACGAAAGGCAUUGCUUGCGUUUGAGAAGACGGUUGCAAAUUCUGAGGAACGGUAAGUGUUGGUGGUACGAGUUAGCGCAUGAGUUCUAAUUUAAUAUCAGUAUCAAUCAGAAAAACGAUGAGAUUGAUGAAAGUACAAUCAAGGAGGAAACAGAUCUAGCAGCGGAACUUCUUGCAGAGUUGCAACUACAGCUUGAACGUACUCGACUUGCCGAUAUCGAGACCAAAGCACGAAAUAUACUCGCCGGUUUGGGAUUUCCCAAAGCAAAUCUCGAUAAACCGGUCAAUACCCUUUCCGGUGGAUGGAGAAUGCGUACAAAUCUCGCAUCUAUACUUCUUCAACCAACUGAUAUCCUAAUCCUUGAUGAACCCACGAACUUCCUCGAUCUCCUCGGAAUAAUUUGGCUACAAAAAUAUAUUGAAACACUCAAAGAUUCCACCCCCAGUCCCCCUACCAUCGUAAUUGUCUCUCACGAUCGUGAUUUUAUCACCGCCACAUCUCAAGAACUUAUCAUCCUCCAGACCCAGACCCUCGCUUAUUUCCGCGGUUCCCUCUCCACAUAUGAAUCUACUAUUCGCGAAAAAGCCCUCUACCUAACCCGUAUGCGCGAUGCUCAGGAAAAGCAAAAAUCCCACAUUCAACAAACGAUUCAACAAAAUAUCAAACAAGGAAAAGCAAGCGGCGAUGAAAAUAAACUUCGUCAAGCUAAAUCCCGACAAAAGAAAUUGGAUAAUAGGAUGGGCAUAGAAGUUAGUGCCAAAGGAACAAGAUUCAAACUUAAUCGUGAUCUAGCUGGUUAUCACUUAAAAUCUAGAGCAGAUAUCGAGAUUCCGCCUGAGGAGAGAGGUAUUUCCAUGGUAAUUCCUCUGGCUCCUGAUUUGCGAUUUCCUGGACCUUUAAUCUCUUUGGAGAAUAUCUCAUUUCGAUAUCCUGCUACUGGAUCUUCGAAAACGAAUACGGCCGCUACCGCCACUGCCGCACCGUUCAUUCUAGAGAAUGUAAAUCUAACAAUCCACAUGGGUGAUCGAAUCGGCAUCGUAGGAUUAAACGGAAGUGGAAAAUCCACACUCCUUUCCCUACUAACCGAAACAGCAAAACCCACCAAAGGAACCGUAACCAAACAUCCACGAUUAAGACUAGCCUACUACUCUCAACACUCCGUCGAAGAUCUCCAAAUCCUCUCACACGGCACCCCAGAACUAACAGCCCUCUCCCUCCUGACAGCCGAUAUAUCUAAUCUCCUCAACGAGCAACAAAUCCGCAGUGUCCUCGGCGGCUUAGGCUUACAAGGACGAAUCGUCUCCGAUGUCCCCAUUGCCAAACUGUCAGGUGGUCAACUUGUACGAUUGGCAUUAGCAAGAUUAGUGUGGAGGGAACCGCAAUUAUUGGUUUUGGAUGAGGUGACUACGCAUUUGGAUUUUUGGACUGUGAGGGCGGUGGGGGAGGUGAUGAGGGAGUGGAAUGGUGGGGUUGUGGUGGUUAGUCAUGAUCGAUGGUUGGUGAGGAAAGUUGUGGAGGGGUGGAGGGAGGGGGAAGAGGAGGAGGGAAAUGAGGAUGAGGAUGAGGAGGUUGAGGAACAGAGGAGGAGAUUAGUUUAUGUGGUUAAAGGUGGUGGGGUGAAGGUAUUGGAGGGUGGUGUGGCCGAGUUUGAGAGGAGUUUGGAGAAGAGGGUUGAUAAGUUAAUGAAAUGAUUAGAUGGCAUUUCAUAUCAAAUAGUCACGACCAAAUUACGUGAUGAGUUUAAGUCCAUUCCCACCUUUCGCACCUCAACCGAGGAUUUCCAUUACUGGACUGCAGUCCCAAUUUAAACAUCUAAAAGACCGUGUUUAGAAAGCCAUGAAAAUCUGAGAACGGUUCCCUUCUUCACUUGCAUGUAUUGUUUUAAAUAGCUUUGAUAUAUGGAUCCACUGCAAGACAUAUGGAUCAACUGCAAGACGCAGAUCUUCUGAUCGUUGGACUGCAAUCCGAAGUUACACUAUCCAGCGUUCAUCCACCAGCAUCCAACCUCCAAAGUCCGAACCACA